AUGCCGCCGAGCGAUGGUGCGGCCCUCGUGGCUGCUGCGGUCAGAGCGGCGUGCGCUGCAAAGGCGCCGAGGCGGACGGUGGCAGCGGUUGCUGCGGCCGUGGCGUCCACUGUGCUGCGGCCAGUUGACGUCACAGCUGCCCCGCCGACAUCGAGCCCGACGAAACCUGCACGCGCCUCGGGUGGCGAGGAGGCCACUGAGGCUGAGCUGGUGGAGAGACUGCGCCAAUCCCGUGCGGACAGGCGCAGAAUCAAGCGCCAGCGGCGCCGGGCAGCAAAGGCUGCUGCUGCUGCGGCGGUGAACAAGGAGCAGUUGGAGCCGGAGUCAGCCUUGGGUGCCACUGUGGGGGAGAGUGCCGAGCCCAGGGAGGACACGGACAUGGGUGUGGAAGAGUCCAAGCCUGGCGAGGUGGAAGCACCUUUGGAAGCCCAGGAGCGGCUGGAGGCAGGUGGCGAGGGCAGAGGACGGACAAUGGAUAUGGGCAAACAUGUGAAGGAGGCACGCAAGGCAAGCGCUUCGCAAGCAUCUGCGUUGUCGGUUUUAUCCGCCCACAGUGCAGAGUGCGACUGGGAGGAUCCUCCACCCGCGCUCAAGGAGGGACCACCGUGUGACAUGCGGGGGCGGCGUCCAGGGCAGCAGUCAAAAGCCAAAGCCCCAAGAAAGGGCGACCGUGCUUGCGGCGCAAGCCGCGGGCGGCGGGGCCCUUAUUAG